CCAGACCUCACCUAUAUAUAUUUACAAAGGAACGGCAAGCAAUUCCAAAAAAUCAAACAACUUCGAACAAGAGCACCGAAGCGCGCCUUCGACAAAGCAUUUGUAAGCAAGCUGAUAUUGCAACUAGACUUUCUCCCGAGACCAUCACCACAAGCCACAAAGCUCCCUCACCGAUUUUGACCCACCAGAGAAAAAGCCCAAACUUCGCCUUCCGUCUCAGACAACCAAGAACUUAAGACUCAAGAUGGCACCUCAACUGAGCUCACCUCUUUCGUUCACCCACUCUCUCUCUCUCUCUCAGAGUUCGCCAUCCCCCUCAAGGAGUACCUCGAUCAACACCCCGAAUACGAUGGCAUCGCAGGCGGCGCUCUAGUCUUUGACAGCCAGAAACGGCUCCUGAUAAUUCAGCGAGCAGCUCAUGACUCUUUGCCCAACCUCUGGGAGAUCCCCGGUGGAGCAAUAGACUUUACCGACGAUACCAUCCUGCACGGCAUGGGGCGAGAAGUAUUUGAAGAAUCAGGCUUGAGGGUGAGCGCGCUGAGCCGCCUCAUUGGCCCGGGUGAUGGCCAUGCGGUCUUCAAUAGCAGCACGAAGAAAUUAAAGAUCUGCAAAUUCACGUUUGAGGUGGAGGUCGAGAGCACGGAUGUUGUGACGUUGGAUCUAAACGAGCAUCAAGAUUACUUGUGGGUUACGGCGGAGGACUGCCUGAAUCAUCGACUGGAACGGGAUGGUACGGUGGCUGAGUUUAAGUUCACCCGACCAGCACAAGAGGCUACGGUCUUGGGGGGAUUUCGAUUGAGGAUGGAAGCAAAGCCAGGUGUAGAUCGACGGAGAGGGGCGGUUAAUGGUCGCGGGAGAGGAGAUAUCAUCUAUGACUUCUUACAAUAAACUGAGGGUCGCACGGAGAUCUGUCAUAUAUAUAAAAAGCAUUUUAGAAUCAACCUCCUAAUGCACUGAGAUACCG